AUGGUCCAGCAUUUGACCUGCUGUCGUAGGCUGUCCUACAAUACAGCCUCUAACAAAACUAGGCUGUCCCAAACCCCUGGUAAUAGAAUCAUUUACCUUUAUACCAAGAAGGUUGGGAAAGCACCAAAAUCUGCAUGUGGUGUGGGCCCAGGCCGACUUCAAGGAGUUCGUGCUAUGAGACCUAAAGUCCUUACGAGGUUGUCUAAAAUGAAAAAACACAUCAGCAGGGCCUAUGGUGGUUCCAUGUGUGCUAAGUGCAUUCAUGACAGGACCAAGCGUGCUUUCCUUAUUAAGGAGCAGAAAAUCAUUGUUAAAGUGUUGAAGACACAAACACAGAGUCAGAAAGCUAAAUAA